AUGUCGAAAAUUGACUGUCCCCAAACUGCUUCUGAGCGUAAGAGAAAGGCAUUGGUCAAGCGUAAAGUUAGACGUGGCGAUUCUGAAGCUACUCGGGUCGAUCCUCCGGCCAAUCGUACACGUUUAUUACCUACCGAUGCUGAGCCUUCAUUGUCCAUACCUGAGGAUCCACCGCUCACAUCGACCACCGAAGAGCGGGAAAGUGUGAGGGUUCAUAAUCACACAACAAUGUUGGAGAAGUGGCGGAUGGCUCCUUUUAUGACCGAGGUUGUCGAGAAGUCCGGUUUGAUGCCCCUUGUACGUCAUUCGUACAAGGUGAUAGAUAGUGCAUUGGUGUUGACUUUCAUAGAGCGGUGGCAACCAGCAACUUGUACGUUCCAUUUACCAUUUGGGGAGAUGACUAUCACGCUAGACGAUGUCAGCAGCUUGACAGGUUUGCCAGUGGUGGGACGGCCAGUAUUUAUUCAACAAAUUAGUAAGACGGGGCCAUCGUCACAAGCAAUCGUAAAACAAAUUAUCGGAGUAGUGCUUGACUCGACAGAUAAAUGUUGGGGUCAAAAUCAGAAGGCGCUUAAGUUGGAGUGGUUGCGUAGUACUUUCAGUUCUGUGACAGAUAGUGAUGAUGAGAAUAAAAAGACGUGUGCGACAAGGGCAUUUUUGUUGUACGUAUUGUCAUGUACGAUAUUCCAGGGCAAGACGGGGAAUAUGGGUACACUGCAGUUGUUGUGUUUGCUAGAAGAUUUGGACAAUAUUGGGACUUACGCAUGGGGUACAGCUUGUUUGUGUCUGCUCUAUGAGGCGCUGUCGGAUGCUUCAAGGGCUAAUACGAAGCAAAUCAGUGGAUAUUUGACGCUUCUUCAGGGUUGGAUUUACGAGCAUUUCCCCCGUCUCACACCGACGGUUAGAUCCAGCGAGAUUGAGGGACCGUUAGUUACACGAUGGGUAUAUCCAAUGAAGUCCGACUCAAGCAAUGACAGAGCCCGUGAUCUGCGUACUCUGAUAGAUGAUCUGAGCUCCGAUGAGAUUAUAUGGGCCCCGUAUGAGGUCCUCCGUGACAGGUUUCCUAUGCCAGAGUCCACGUGGUUUAGUGGCAUGUUACAGUACAUGUGUACUUUGGAGCCUUACCAUCCGGACAGGGUCUUGAGACAAUUUGGGCAUGUUCAGAAGAUUCCCGGCCAACCGUACAUGUCGGACGCUAUGUUUAGGAAGCAGAAGCGGGGCACACCUCAUCCUGUAUUUGCGGGGUACCAGAACAUAUAUUCUGAGCGAUGGGAAGAUCACUUGCUUAAUGAGCGGUCUAGAUCAGUUCCAGUGGUAUUAGGAGAGCCGGACACUACACCCGAUUAUAUGGAUUGUUAUAGGGUAUAG